CUUAAACUUCUAGAUUUUGGAGAGAGAAUGGCAAAUGUAUAAAAGCAGAUGCCCCUGCCAUCAUUGCCAUCAAAGACAAUCUUCUGCUUCUCAUCUUCACCAACAAUUCAUCACAAAGAUAUCAAGGUCUUCAUCAUGAAAUUCUUGGUUUUCCUCGCCAUCGUCGCUGUUGCCGUCGCUCAGCGUGGCAGGGCCCCAGCCGCCCAGAAGCCAGAAGAUGUGACCAUUGUUCGCUCAGAGUCCGAAAACAAUGGUGAUGGGACGUACAAGUUUCUUUGGGAAACCUCGGACGGUUCCAAGCAUGAGGAAUCUGGAUACUUAAAGCCAAACCCAGACUCUCAAGCUGAAUACAAAGAUAUCCAAGUGUCUCAAGGAUCUUACCAAUACUACGCUCCCGAAGGAGAUCUUAUCCAAGUCCAAUAUGUCGCUGACGAGAAUGGCUUCCAACCGACCGGAGAACACCUCCCCACGUCCCCACCAAUCCCUGCCGAGAUCCAGAAGGCCCUCGACAUUAUCUACUCGAACAUCGGCUCUGCACCCCCCGCCGCCCCAGCCAAGCGACCAGCUGCCCGACCAGCUUCCCGACGACACUAAUUUCGUAUAAACCCCAUCAAAACAUUUCCAUUUUAUCAUCAGAAAUACAAUUUCUACUCUUAUUUCCAUCAUGUAGUGCUGUGAUCUAGUUUUUUUGCCUUGUGUAAUUAAAUAUCAACUAUUUUUAUAACCUUUCA